AUGAGGAUGCAGUCACUUUAGCAGAACUCUUCCCACGGCUCGCAGUCACAGUCGAGACUUGGAAAAAAAGUCGUCUCUCUUUUAUAUAUAUAUAUUUUUUACUUGCGCACAGUCGGGACCUGUAUGGCCCCAUCGAUCGCCAUGUCAGCACUGACCGCCGGUGUGAAAAGCGAAGACCUCUCCCCCCGAUCGGUGCUCGUCAAUAGAGGCGAAAUGCAGACCAGCCUGAGCCCCGCAGAGGAGACCGGGAAGCCCAAAGUCGCGAUCCUGCCUUUCAGCGUGGAGGCGCUGAUGGCUGACAGGAAGCCCAGCAGAGAGGUGCCAUCUCCGGACGGCGCGGCCGGGACGUCCCAGUCACUGGCGAAGGGGACGCGGAUGGGCGCCUUCGCCGGUCUAGACGCUUCUGUUCCCGCGUUGCCGAUGAACUCUGCGUUUUCUGUCGGCGACAUUAUGAACAUGUCCGACGAUGUGCUGAUUAAACCCGAGAGCCCGGAUAGUCAAGAGAGGACUUCGUGGAUCCAAAGUCCACGUUUCUCCCCGACACCCCCACGACGCUUGAGUCCUCCCGCCUGCCCGCUGCGCAAACACAAGACAAACAGAAAGCCUCGGACUCCGUUCACCACGUCCCAGCUGCUGGCCCUGGAGAGGAAGUUCCGCCAGAAGCAGUACCUCUCCAUCGCGGAGCGCGCGGAGUUCUCCAGCUCCCUCAACCUCACGGAGACCCAGGUGAAAAUCUGGUUCCAGAACAGAAGAGCCAAGGCCAAGCGCCUCCAGGAGGCAGAGCUGGAAAAACUGAAAAUGGCAGCGAAGCCCAUGUUGCCCCCGGCCUUCGGGAUCUCCUUCCCUCUCGGCGCACACGUUCCGGCGUCCUACGCGGGGUCGCACCCGUUCCAGAGGCACUCGCUGCCGGUGUCUCCUGUGGGACUGUACGCCGCGCAUGUGGGAUACAGUAUGUACCACCUGGCUUGACAGUGGUGAGGGGGGGACACUCAAAAGAAAGAGGGCACCAGCAGGACUACGUUUUAAAGAGAGAUUGGGCCCCUUUUGGACCAAUGAUGCGACAAAUGAGAAAAGCAUCCAGGUGGGGAGGUCAGUGUCGCGUCUGGUCAGGGAGGGUGGGAGCAAGGCCUCCUAACGGACCCACUCUGACGACGCUGUGUUCUCUUCCGUUUCGACCUGGCCAGUAAACUCCCACAGUGUGUGUGUGUGUGUCAUUUGUGUCAGAUAAGAUUCUCUGAAGAUGGAUUUUUUUUUCUUUUCCUCUUUUUUUUUUUUUUUUUUUGCAAAUAUGGAAGACGACUUGCAACCUUCAAACGUGUUUUGACCUUAAAGUCAAGUGUGGACAUUAAACAGGGCGUCCAUGACAGCCAGGUGAAAGGUGACAAGCCUUUUUUCCCCAGAGAUCAAGGCGCAGCUUGACAUACUUUUUUUGUACCUACGAACUUUGACUGGGCUUAAAAAAAGACAAGCUGAUGUCAAACUACACUAACAACUCCACAGCUUUGGAAUCGGUAUUUUUCCGUUUUGUUUUCAUGUUUUACUUUCAUAUAAAUGCGCAAUCGCAGCGUCUCACUUAGUCCGUAAAAUCUGGAGAAUCACAGCGUUUGUUUUUAUUCUGUUUUUUUUAAUAACAGCACUGUCUGUUGUUUCAUUGGUUCCCUUAUUUUGGAAGGGGAAAGUGUACUGUAAAGUAAUGUAUAUUUGAAAAAAAAAUAUCCUCAUUUAUAUUCUGAAUAUAUUUGUGACAUAACUUAACAAUAAAUUGUUUAUUCUUUUUUCCCCCAUGUUUUUCGUUUUAAAUUGCGCUUUUCCAUUUUAACUGCAGAAGGUCUGCCUUAAACCUAUUUUAAAUAUAUUUUAGAGCGAUUUAACCGAAAACAAAUUAUGUUUAGGGUUAUAGAGUUUAAACAAGAGAUUUGGGUUAAAAAGCUGAA